AUGGACCCCACAAAGGCCCAGACCACUGCGGCGUUCGCAUACCUCAAGUCUCAGAAGGCUAACAAGGCCUGCUUCGACUGCUCGGCCAAGAACCCCACUUGGACCUCGGUCACCUUUGGCAUCUACCUCUGUCUCGACUGUUCGAGUGUGCACCGUAACCUCGGUGUGCACAUCUCGUUUGUGCGCUCCACCAACCUCGACUCGUGGUCACUCCAGCAGCUCCGUCAGAUCAAGGUCGCUGGCAACCAGUCCCUUGCCGACUUCUUCAACAAGCACGGCGGCUCGUCCCUCCUCCCUCCUGGCAACAAUGAUGCUCGCACGCGCUACUCUUCGCGCCAGGCAAACCUCUACAAGGAGGAGAUUGCACGACGUGUGGCCGAGGAUGUGCGCCAGAACCCCAACGGCAUCCACAUUGAGGGCCUCGACCUGACCCCGAUGGGCUCGUCCACACCCGCUGAGAAGCAGGAGGACUUUUUCGAGUCUUGGGACAAGGCCGCGCCCACUCCUUCCCCUCGUCCCAGCCGGCCGUCGUCCACCGCCCCACCCUCCAUCGGUGUGCCCCGCACCGCCACUCCUCCCGCUGCCGCCACUCCUGCCGCGCCCACCGCUCCCCGCACUGUGAGCUCGUCGGCCCUGCGUUCCGGCGCCGGUGCCCGCCCUGCUGCCAGCUCGCGUCUCGGUGGCGCCCCCAAGGCGUCCAAGCUCGGCGGCUCGCGCCUCGGUGCCAAGAAGGCCUCGACCGGUAUCAACUUUGAGGAGGCUCAGCGCAAGGCGAUCGAGGAGGAGGAGCGCAUCAAGCGCCUCGGCUACGACAAGAAGAAGGAGGAGGAAGAGGCCGCAGCCCUCAAGGCUCGCGAGGAGGAGGAGCGCCGUAAGAACCAGGCGGCCGGUAUCGCCAACUCGCGGUCGGCUACCCCGCUCUCCAAGGCGCGUGCUGUGGUCGAGGACAAGCCCGUUCCCGUCAAGCUCGGUUUCGGACAGGUGGCGAGCGCGCCCGUUGCGCCGAAACCGCAGGCAGCGCGCGUGCCGGACGAGGCGGACUUGAUGAGCGCCGCCAAGGACCGUUUCGGCAACCAAAAGGGAAUCUCGUCGGACAUGUACUUUGGUCGCGGCAACUAUGACCCGUCGGCGGCCUCGGAGGCCCAGAGCCGUCUCCAGAACUUCCAGGGCGCCACUGCCAUCUCGUCCAACGCCUACUUUGGCCGGGAAGACGAGGAGGACGACGGCGGCGACAUGCAAGGUACCGACGGCAUGCUCGGCCUGGAGGGCAACGAGACGGUGCAGGCCCUCGAGCGCAACGUGCGCGACAUGGCAGGCCGCGUCAUGGCCGACCCCAACGUCCAGAACCUUACGGACCAGAUCCGCGCUGGUGCCCUGAGGCUGUCCGACUACCUCCAGACCUUUGAGCAGAGGUAG